GGAAAAAGCGAGAGGAGUGGUGUGGUUUAUACAGGUAAACACUAGUAAUCUCGACCACAGAGAGGCAAGUGCGGAGCUGAGCCGACACCCAGCACGCCUGCAGGCACCGGACCGAUCCACCUGUGUUGUUGUAUCUUCCAUGUCAGCAACCCGCUGGGUGGGAAGCAGCCAAUGCGGUCUCGACUGUGGACCGUGCUCGCAGGUCAGAGGAUGCAUAAAGAUGCUUAGUAACUGGAAUAGCAGGUGCUGGAAGAAGGGGCGUCCGACUAUCAACACGACUAACCUGUGCGCAUAGAGCCGAGCGCUGAUGUUUGAGCCAUGGAGAAACAAGCUCUUGCAACCGCUCUGAGCUUGUCCAUGAGCGUUGUCUCUUUACUCUUGCUGGUCACCGCUAUCUUCACCGACCAUUGGUACGAGACAGAUACCAGAAGGCAUAAGGAGAACUGCGACAAGUAUGGUUCGGAUUCUAAUGACCAGAAAAACAGGGAGAUGCCAAUAUACCACUUGCCUCUUGUGGACAACGGCAACUCCAAACGGAACGUGGCGCUUUUGAAGCCGAUUCACGUCGGGAGUAGAGAUGAGGAAUUGCUUGAGAACUGGAGGGCGAUACUGGGGAUGGGGAUUCUUGAGACGGAAUGUGGGCGUCCGUUGUUCUCCACAUAUUCUGGACUGUGGAGAAAAUGCUACUUUCAAGGCAUGGACCGGGAUAUCGAUAAACUCAUAUCAAAGGGUAAGUUUUAAUGUGCAUACUAAAAAGUGGGAGAAAAGAAAAACAGCUGUCAAAUUUGCUGUCAAUAAUCCAUGACUAUAGGCAAGGACUGUUUUGCAUUCCUUUAAUCGAGGUAGCCUCCAACUGUGGUGAUGUGUCUGCAUACGUGCAUUGCGUCAAAACAAGGUUUAUGAGGGCUCAUACACAACGGCUCAUGAUUAUCCACGCCCAAACUAAUUUCCAGGAAUAUUAAUUGCUAUUUCAAACUCAUUACCAAGGUUUGCUUUAGUAGGCUACUAUGAUUUAUAUAACUGUCGCAUCAUGAUGAGGGUGCUGGGAAAUUACAGCCUAAUGAUUUAGGUUAUUAAUAGGCUAAUUUAUGAGGAACAUUUUCACAUUAUUUCCCUCUCAUUUUCCCACAGUGGUAAUCGUUGUAGACUGGCCUUGGAAAUGUUUGUUUGUGUUGUUAUCCCAGUCAAAUCAUCAAUAGAGCCAUCCAUAGGGCUACAAAAGCCUAAAUGUUGAUUGACUACACUUAGAAAAAGUACCCAUAGGAAAACCCUUUUUGAUUCCAGUUAAACCCAUUUUGGUUCCAGGUAGAACUAUUUUGGGUUCCAUGUAAAACUCUCUGUGGAAAGGGUUCUACAUGGAACCCAAAAUGGUUCUACUUGGAACCAACAAGGGUUCUUCAAAGGGUUCUCCUUUGGGGACAGCCUAAGAACCAUUUUAGGUUGUAGACCUUUUUUUCUAAGAGUGUACACACCCCUUUACCCACAAAGAACCCCUUUAGAAGCCAUUUUUUAUUCUAGAGGGAAAGGGUUCGGCAUGGAAUUCUACAGGGUUCUUAAGAACCUUCUCUAUGGAAAAAAAAAGGAUCUAAAAUGUUUAUUUGAUUGAAAGGGUUCUACCUACAACCAUAAAGGGUUCUCCAAUGUGCUGAAGUUCAAGUCCCUACAAAGUUUUUUCAAGGUUGUAACUCAAAAAGUCGAUCGGGAUGAAAGGAGAACAUUUCCCCACAGUGUCCAGUCCAUCAAGAUUAAUGUCGCCCUGAUUAAGCCGGGGGUUAAAUGUCACCGAAACCCACUUGCCACCUUGCAUUUAAAGCAGCUGAGGUGCUUACCUACCCUUUGGUUUAUGUCAACGUUGAUUUCAUUUGAAAUCUUCUUCAACCUGUGAAGGUGUAAGGUACUGUAUUUAUUUUCUUAGUUCACCUUGUGUUCUUGAACGUAGCCCUGUUUCUUUGUGUUCUUGAACGUAGCCCUGUCUUUAAUUUUUGUUCAUUGAUUUCACCUGUGUUAGUUACUCACCUGGUCUCAUCAGCUCCUUAUUUAGUUCAGUUCUUUCUGUUUGUGCGUUGUGAGGUAUUGUUCGUUUUGACUCUAUUAAGCCUUUUCCUAGCUCGUUUGUGAGAACCAGCCUUCAGUCCUAGUUUUGUUUCACCUGUCUGUUUGCCUACCUGUGUAUGACCAUUGCCUGCCUGCGACCACGAUUCCUGCCUUCUGUGAAGGCGUAAUAAACACCUGCCGCGCUCUGCACGUGAAUCUACACCUUUUUCUCCCUGAGUAUUCAUUACAGAAUACCUCACCAAAAAUGGAAUGGAUUCAGCAGAGCUACAGUGGCGCCUAACCCGGCAAGAGGAGCGUAUGGAGGUAAUUGGCCAUCUUCUCCGCCAGCCUAUCCCUACUCCUCCGAUGCCUGGUAUCAUAACCCAUAGCCCUCCUUCAUUCAUAUCCAUGCCUGGAAAAUAUGACGGUUCACCUGGGAAAUGUCAGGGAUUUCUGAUGCAAUGCAGCAAAUGCAUUGAGCACAACCCCACUAACUUCGCCACCGACAAGAGCAGGGUCGAUUUUGUUGUGUCUCUACUCACAGGCAAAGCCCUGGAUUGGGCCACCGCCAUAUGGACUGCCAACAGCACAGAUCUCGGAUCCGAGACCCAUUUCCACACCUUCUUCAAAGAGGUAUUCGAUCACUCUCCUUCCGGUCGUCCUAUAGGGGACCUCCUCAUAGACCUUCAACAAGGACGCAAUUCAGCUGCCGAGUAUGCCCUCGAGUUCCGCACCAUGGCUGCAGGGAGUGGAUGGAGUGAGGCUGCUUUACUUACCGUCUACCGACGAGGGCUCAACAGGGAACUUCAAGCGGAGCUGGCCUGUAGAGGUGACCUUCAGGAUUUAAAUCAAUACAUGUAUAUCUCCAUUGGCCACCUCAUCGCCGACUGCCGAAGAACUCUGCCACCCAGGAACACGAAACCUUCUCUUUCCAUGAUUCCGUCAUCCCGUCCGAGUCUUACAUUUACAUUUUAAAAUGUUAGUCUUCCAGAGCCCAUGCAGUUGGGUCAUGCUCCUCUCCUGUGUAUCGAACGUCAAAGGCGAAUCCAAGAAGGGCUCUGCCUAUACUGUGGAGGGAAAGAUAAUCUACUCAGCCAUUGCCCUGUUGGAGAGAUGAGAAGGAUCCCUUCGCUGCCAUGCAGGUAGGAGAGUCCGUAUUUCUAAAUAUCUCCUAGAAGCAAUUCUCCAUCCCAGUAUUGAUAACCGUGAAGGGGGUUACGAAGUACGUAGAGGGCUUGAUAGAUUCGGGAGCAGCAGGUAGUUUUAUCGAUCACCAGCUAGUACAAAGCUUGACAUUGAUCUUACACCUGUCACCCCUCCCUUAAGGAUUAACACCCUGGACGGGCAGCCAUUGGGCACAGGUUUCAUUACGCACCUGACACAGAGCAUUACCCUCCAGAUGGGAGUCUUCCACACCGAAACCAUUCAACUCAUGGAACUCUCAGCCCCCAAACAGCCACUCAUCCUUGGACACCCCUGGCUUUGUCGUCACGACCCUGCCAUCUCGUGGCGACAAGGUGAACUACUGUCCUGGUCUUCUACCUGCUUCACCAGUUGUCUCAGCCUACCCUGCAGAGCCACCACCAUUGAGGACUCUGCCUCUGCAGCGCCACCCACCAUACCAUCUGAAUACGCCCAGUACAGCAAUGUCUUCAGUAAAAUUAUGGCCUCCACUCUGCCACCACAUCACCCAGGGGGCUGUGCUAUUGACUUACUCCCUGGAGAGUCCCCACCGAAGGGCCGUGUUUACGCCCUAUCUAUCCCGGAAAAUGAGGCAAUGGAGAACUACGUUGAUGAAGCACUCAAACCGUUUCAUUCGUCCUUCUUCUUCCCCAGCUGCUUACACCGCCUGGAGGUGUGUUGGGUUAUUGUCCUGCUGAAAAACAAAUGAUAGUCCCAUUAAGCCCAAACCAGAUGGGAUGGCGUAUCGCUACAGAAUGCUGUGGUAGACAUGCUGGUUAAGUGUGCCUUAAAUAAAUCAGUGUCACCAGCAAAGCACCAUAACACCUUCUCCUCCAUGCUUUACGGUGGGAACUAUACAUGCGGAGAUCAUCCGUUCACCCACACCGCGUCUCAGAAAGACACGGCGGUUUGAACCAAAAAUCUCAAUUUUGGACUCGUGUUUCUUGGCCCAAGCAGGUCUCUUCUUAUUAUUGGUGUCCUUUUAGUAGUGUUCUCUUUGCAGAAAUUCGACCAUGAAGGCCUGACUCACACAGUCCCCUCUGAACAGUUGAUGUUGAGAUGUGUCUGUUACUUUAUUUGGGCUGCAAUUUCUGAGGCUGGUAACUCUAAUGAGCUUAUCCUCUGCAGGAGAGGUAACUCAGAGUCUUCCUUUCCUGUGGCGGUCCUCAUGGGAGCCAGUUUCAUCAUAGCGCUUGAUGGUUUUUGUGACUGCACUUGAAGAAACUUUCAAAGUUCUUGAAAUGUUCCGUAUUGACUGACCUUCAUGUCUUAAAGUAAUGAUUGACUGUCGUUUCUCUUUGCUUAUUUGAGCUGUUCUUGCCAUAAUAUGGACUUGGUCUUUUACCAAAUAGGGCUAUCUUCUGUAUACCCCCCCCCCCCCCCUACCUUGUCACAACACAACUGAUUGGCUCAAAUGCAUUAAGAAGGAAAUAAAUUCCACAAAUAAACUUUUAAGAAGGCACACCUGUUAAUUGAAAUGCAUUCCAGGUGACUACCCCAUGAAGCUGGUUGAGAGAAUGCCAAGCGUGUGCAAAGCUGUCAUCAAGGCAAAGUUGUGGCUAUUUGAAGAAUCUCAAAUAAAAUAUAUUUUGAUUUGUUUAACACUUGUUUUAUUCUACAAUGUAGAAAAUAGUAAAAAUAAAGGAAAAACCCUUGAAUGAGUAGGUGUGUCCAAACUUUUGACUGGUAGUGUAUGUAAUGUACUGUCAUAAAUAAUAGCAGGUUCUAGGAAGAAUCCUCAGAAGAUAAAAUGUUUCUUGGUAGAACCCUUCAUAGAGGGCUCUUGGCAGAACCCUUCACAGAGAGUUCUAGGUAGAACCAUGUACAGGGGGUUCUUUGAAGAACCCUACAUAGAGGGUUCUAAAUACAACUCUCUGUAAAGGGUUCUACCCAGCACCAAAAAGGGUUCCCUUAUAGGGAGAAACCGAAGAACACUGUAUGAUUCUAUUUAGCACCUUUUUUUCUAAGAGGCUAAGGCUACUCAACCUCAUAUCAAAGGAGUUGUCUCUUAGACCUUAUCGGACCUAAAUGGCAGCAUAAUGCCUUGAUGAGCAUCUUAUUUACUCAGUGGCUGCAUCUCAAAUGGCACCUUAUUUCCUGUAGUGCACUUAUUUUGACCAGGGCACAUAGAGCAAUAGUCAAAAGUAGUGCACUAUACACUCUUAGAAAAAAAGGUGUGAUCUAGAACCUAAAAGGGUUCUUCAGCAGUCCCCAUAGGAGAAACCUUUGGAUAACCCUUUUUGGUUCUAGGUAUAACCUUUUUGGGUUCCAUUUAGAACCCUUUCCACAGAGGGUUCUACAUGGAACCCAAACGGACUCUACUGUACCUGGAACCAAAAAGGGUUCUACCCAGGCUCCCAGUGUCCGGUCUGGAGCGUGAAGUCACGAGCUCUGCUGCUUGGCUACUGCGUAGUGACCUAGAGGUGCCAAAAGCCCUGGUCUGCCCUAGAAAACCUAUGUAAAUGGCGUAGUGACCUAGAGGUGCCAAAAGCCCUGGUCUGCCCUAGAAAACCUAUGUAAAUGACGAUCGGCAGAACGGCCCCAAAAAUCUUUGGACUGACGUUUUGGGCUCAAAUGAGUUUAUUAUGAUAAAGUUCGAUCCCCACAGUGAAUUAUUUUAAUGUUCGCUACAAAUCGAGAUAUUUAAUUAAAUAGUGAUCCAUUCUGACUACUACAUUUGUUGUCACGCCAUGUGCUGACACAGACCAAUCACGGCCGGCAGGCUAAGAGGAGGCUCCCAGUUGACUCUCUCAGGCAGGAUGAAAACUACUACAUCGACUAUGAUCCUUAGCGAUUUAUUUGGUGCCAUUCUGCCCCAUUCAGCAAUAUGGCGUGCUUAAAAUAAAAAUACUUCCGGCUUCAUGUGCCAUCGGGAGUUUUCCAUAGGAAUACGUGGGUGACGUCAGCGCUAUCACUAUGUACUGGUUUUAAUGUCUAUGGUCCUACCUGGAACCAAAAAGGGUGCUCCUAUGGGGACAGUCGAAGAACCCUUUUGGAACCCUUUUUUCUAAGAGUGUAUAGGGUAUAGGGUGCCAUUUGUGAUACAGCCAGAGGCUGCGAGCAGAGCUACUAAUAUCUAUGCAAAGGCAUGGAGUGUUGGCUACUGUAAAUAACCACCUCCUGAUUCACUGAGCGUGAGAGAUCAAACACAGGUGUGAGCGCUCACUUCAAAGUGCCUGCUCAAUGAUGAAAACAGCACCUGAUGAUGUUUCAUAAUUUCUACCAAGUAUGAAAUAGAAGCGGUUCCCAUACAUUAAGUAGAUGUGGACCACAAGACUGAUGUGUGUUAAGAUUUUGAAUAAUAAAGUGUUUUAAAGAGCAUCAGUGCUUCAUUCGAUGGGAAACUGUCUAGAUUUUGUCCCACUAAUUCAAGUUGUGGGAGCUCAGCCGGAAAUAAGGACAGAAGGUCAAAGAGUCCGCCUCACCAGCAACAUAGGACUCAUGGGGCGUCUACUGUACUCUCAUACAAGAAAGAGACAACAUUUUACAGUAGCUCACAUACAGAGACAUCAGCAAAGGUAACUUGGUAACACUUUAUAGGUAGCCUUUAUAAAGGUACCUUUUCUAAACGGUUUAUAACAGUUAUUUCAACAUUUGUAAAUGCAUUAUAAACCCUUUAAAAAGGGUACCUUAUAAAGUGUUACUGAGAACUCAUUAUGUAAACCUGUCAAAACCUGUCAAAACCUGUCCAGUUUGGAAAAAUAACGAAAAUAGGCAACAGCACAGGCCAAGUGAAAUGAAUUUGUCCUGCAUAUAGUUGAUUACUCUACCAACUAAACUCUACAGUAGACUACAAUGCAUGCGUGAAAGGGAAACUGAACACCCAAGUCAUAGGUUGCCUCAAAGCCAAGUAAAUGUCACAGUGUUUACCCUUUUCAAACCAAGUUAGCCACUGCAUGGAAAUACAAGAGCUCUCUCAAAUGUCAGUUUGAGGUAGGGUAAAAAAAUGGAGUAUUGCAAUGGCCCUUUACAAUGCGACCUGACAGAUCAAAUGUAUAACACUGUUAUAGGCAUGCCCUGUAUAAUAUGCAAUUCCUGGUUUAUGUCACCCAGUUUUUGUUAACGAUCACUGACAUAAAGCUGUCAUGACAUUAAACGUUAAAUGAAACUUGUGUACAAGAUUAUAAAUGUGUAAGCCUAUCAAAACAAUCCAUUAUAAUAUGGCAUUAUGCCAUAUACACUUUCUAUGGCAACUUCAAGUAAAGAUAUGCAAGUAGGGCAAAAGUAAUACGUUGUAAUGUUAAAACGUAGAGCUUUUUAGUAAUCCAUUCUCUCCACAGGUAUUGCGGACCGAUGCACAACUGUCAAGUACCAUUUCUCUCAGCCUAUUCGGCUUCGAAACAUCCCACUCAACCUGACGAGAACCAUUCAGCAAGAUGAAUGGCAUCUCUUACGUAAGUAUUGCAGACUCAACGUCUCAGAACCACCUGCAAUUACAUUUCUAUAGAGAGCAAUAGUAAUGGUGUCUUUUUGUAGGCACUAAAGGAGGCUAACUGCACAAUGGCUCGUUGGCCAAAGCCUAUGGGGAAAAAAUAGGGGGGGGGGGGGGGGGGGUUUGGAUAAGCGCCAAAAAUAAGGUCUGUGGUAAGCAUAGGCUUAUGAGAUCUUAUACGUUUCGUUCUAUGUGAUAAUCUUCCUCAGCUAACGUCACUUUGUGAAUUUUUAACCAUUUAUGUAAUCAAAACAAGCACAUAAAGCACAUAAAUACUUUAUAAUUCAUAAAGGUAAUGUAAACUGACUGAUAUUAUCUCAUAGAACAUAACAUAUAAGAUCUCCUAAGCCUGUGUUAACUUCAGAUCUUAUUUUCAGUGUUUAUCCUAAAAUCCCAUUCUUUCCCCAUUAAUUUCCCCCAUAGCAAUGUCCAACAAACCAGAGGUAGAAAGGCUAUCUCAUUUCCGGUUUGGUCUGGGCCAGAGUCUUUCGAACAAUGGUUAGAUGGUCUUGGUGUGAGAAGUUUGAUUCCAGGUGCCCCACGACUGACCUAUGUUGGUGUCUGCGGUGGGAUGGUCAGACGUCUGUCAUGAGUAGUGUUAGGAUCCUUUAAGAUGAGCUUUUCCAGGUAGUCGUUGGUGCAAAAACUUUCAUCUUACGGAUUUGGGGCACAUUUCUACCACCAUCUUUCCUCAAACAAUAUAAUUGUAUCACUACCCAUAUUAUUUCCAUUAUUUAUUGGGGAAUAUCUUUACUGUUACUUGCUCUUCCCAUCCCUUGUAUUGUGUAUUUGUUUAAAUAAAUAAUUACAUGUUUUGUAUAUGUUUUUCAAUGCUUCAUACAGUACUGUAGACUAAAGGUUCUGAACAUGUCUGUUGUGUUUAGGUUUGAUAAUGAAAUAACAGUGGAAGUCCAAAUCGCAGUGUUCCAUAUUAAUUUGGCUUCAUGCUGUGGAACCUUUAGAACCUUCAGACAACCAUAGUGAUCUCUUCAGACAACCGUAGUGAUCUCUUCAGACAACCGUAGUGAUCUCUUCAGACAACCGUAGUGAUCUCUUCAGACAACCGUAGUGAUCUCUUCAGACAACCGUAGUGAUCUCUUCAGACAACCGUAGUGAUCUCUUCAGACAACCGUAGUGAUCUCUUCAGACAACCGUAGUGAUCUCUUCAGACAACCAUAGUGAUCUCUUCAGACAACCGUAGUGAUCUCUUCAGACAACCGUAGUGAUCUCUUCAGACAACCGUAGUGAUCUCUUCAGACAACCGUAGUGAUCUCUUCAGACAACCAUAGUGAUCUCUUCAGACAACCAUGAUCUGUAAUAAGGCUACUACUGUACCCACAUGCUGAAAAUGUUAAGCUAACCUUUCGAAGCUAGCAUUCCUACUCCAAUGUCCGACCCCUGAUUGGUGGAUUGCUACAUGGUUAUGGAAAAUGUUCACGGGGAGGAAGUAAAUGUCAGCUCGUACAAGAAAAAAAUAUUAAUGUAAAUGUAACUCCACACAGUCUAUUAUUACUGCACAACCAGUCUGAGGAAGAACAUUCAUCAAAGUCAAAAUAGGAUUGGUUUUCUUUGUCUGCCUGCCACCUUUAGACAGUGCUUGCAUCCCAAAUGGCACGCUAUUCCCUAUUAAGUGCACUACUUUUGAGUGCACAAUUGUUCCCUAUUAAGUGCACUAUGUAGGGAAUAGGGUGUUAUUUGGGACGCAGACAGUGUUUUUCUUGCUCGAGUUUGAUCCUGUUUUAGGAUACUGCAACUCGAUCUGACAAAUGUAUGAGAUGCAGAGUAGGCUUAAACCAUUUUGGGGAAAGAAUAGUAUUGGAUACAGUGAGGGGAAAAAAGUAUUUGAUCCCCUGCUGAUUUUGUACGUUUGCCCACUGACAAAGACUUGAUCAGUCUAUAAUUUUAAUGGCAGGUUUAUUUGAACAGUGAGAGACAGAAUAACAACAAAAAAAUCCAGAAAAACACAUGUCAAAAAUGUUAGAAAUUGAUUUGCAUUUUAAUGAGGGAAAUAAGUAUUUGACCCCUCUGCAAAACAUUACUUAGUACUUGGUGGCAAAACCCUUGUUGGCAAUCACAGAGGUCAGACGUUUCUUGUAGUUGGCCACCAGGUUUGCACACAUCUCAGGAUUUUGUCCCACUCCUCUUUGCAGAUCUUCUCCAAGUCAUUAAGGUUUCGAGCCUGACGUUUGGCAACUUGAACCUUCAGCUCCCUCCACAGAUUUUCUAUGGGAUUAAGGUCUGGAGACUGGCUAGGCCACUCCAGGACCGUAAUGUGCUUCUUCUUGAGCCACUCCUUUGUUGCCUUGGCCGUGUGUUUUGGGUCAUUGUCAUGCUGGAAUACCCAUCCACGACCCAUUUUCAAUGCCCUGGCUGAGGGAAGGAGGUUCUCACCCACGAUUUGAUGGUACAUGGCCCCGUCCAUCGUCCCUUUGAUGCGGUGAAGUUGUCCUGUCCCCUUAGCAGAAAAACACCCCCAAAGCAUAAUGUUUCCACCUCCAUGUUUGACGGUGUGGAUGGUGUUCUUGGGGUCAUAGGCAGCAUUCCUCCUCCUCCAAACACGGCGAGUUGAGUUGAUGCCAAAGAGCUCGAUUUUGGUCUCAUCUGACCACAACACUUUCACCCAGUUCUCCUCUGAAUCAUUCAGAUGUUCAUUGGCAAACUUCAGACGGCCCUGUAUAUGUGCUUUCUUGAGCAGGGGGACCUUGCGGGCGCUGCAGGAUUUCAGUCCUUCACGGCAUAGUGGGUUACAAAUUGUUUUCUUGUUGACUAUGGUUCCAGCUGCCUUGAGAUCAUUGACAAGAUCCUCCCGUGUAGUUCUGGGCUGAUUCCUCACCGUUUUCAUGAUCAUUGCAACUCCACGAGGUGAGAUUGACAGUUCUUUUGUGUUUCUUCCAUUUGCGAAUAAUCGCACCAACUGUUGUCACCUUCUCACCAAGCUGCUUGGCAAUGGUCUUGUAGCCCAUUCCAGCCUUGUGUAGGUCUACAAUCUUGUCCCUGACAUCCUUGGAGAGCUCUUUGGUCUUGGCCAUGGUGGAGAGUUUGGAAUCUGAUUGAUUGAUUGCUUCUGUGGACAGGUGUCUUUUAUACAGGUAACAAACUGAGAUUAGGAGCACUCCCUUUAAGAGUAUGCUCCUAAUCUCAGCUCGUUACCUGUAUAAAAGACACCUGGGAGCCAGAAAUCUUUCUGAUUGAGAGGGGGUCAAAUACUUAUUUCCCUCAUUAAAAUGCAAAUCAAUUUAUAACAUUUUUGACUUGCGUUUUUCUGGAUUUUUUUGUUGCUAUUCUGUCUCUCACUGUUCAAAUAAACCUACCAUUAAAAUUAUAGACUGAUCAUUUCUUUGUCAGUGGGGAAACGUACUAAAUCAGCAGGGGAUCAAAUACUUUUUUCCCUCACUGUAUGUGAUUUAUGAUCAAUGUGUCAUAAUGUUGUUACAGUAUAUCAUAAAUUGCAUGAAUUUAAUAUUUCUAUCAACAUAUCCCGCUAUAACACUUUUGUGUGUUGUGUGACAUAAUGCUUGCGAUAACAUGUACUGAAAAACAAGGCACAAUGCUGUCAUGAUGCAUUAGGGAAAUCAUUCAAAUUCACCUAUUUUUAACAGUCGUUGCUGGCCAUUUUACGUUAUGAUAGGCGUCAUGUCGUUCUUAUGGCAGGUUUGUAACAAAUGUAGGACAGGGGAGACCAAAAGCAAAGCAUUACCUAACAAAAACAAAAAUGUCCCGUAUUUGUUUGGUGACUGUUGAGUGGUAGCACAAGCGGGUUUACCAGGGGGUGGUUGUCAUGGAAAUGUUGGUGUAUGCGUGUGUGCUAAUGGUUUCACUUGUGUGUGUGCACUUGUGUGUUUGUAUGCUUUGUGUUUAUCUGUGUGUGUGUGCUUAUGUGUGCUUAUGUGUACGCUUUUGUAUAUACUGGUGUCUGUAUCUUUGUGUGCUUGCUUGUGUGUGUGUGUGUGUGUGUGUGUAUGUGCAUGCGUGCUAUGUUUAUAUGUGUGUGUGUCUCAGAUCUGCGGCGAAUCACGGCGGGGUUCCUGGGGAUGGCGGCUGCCGUUUUGCUGUGUGGCAGCAUUGUGGCCACAGUGGGCUUCUUUUGGGAGGAGAGCCUCACCCAGCACGUCUCCGGUCUGCUCUUCCUCAUGGCAGGUACAACGCCUGCCAACUACCAACACCCUACCUCUCCUGUGUGUGUGUGUUAGGGCUUUCUUUGCCAAUGACCUACCUAUCCUGUAUGUGUGUGUGUUAGAGAGAGAGAGAGAGAGAGAGAGAGAGGGAGAGAGAGAGAGAGAGAGAGAGAGAGAGAGAGAGAGAGAGAGAGAGAGAGAGAGAGAGAGAGAGAGAGAGAGAGAGAGAGAGAGAGAGAGAGAGAGUGUGGCUCUCUUUCCCUCUCAUUGUUGGUUUCUUUGUGAUGGCAGCUUUCAACUUCUGUCUCUCUGUGCCACUUUUACUGCAGCCUAUCUCUAUAUCUCCAUCUUUAGUUUUCUCUCUCUCUCUCUCUCUUGUCCAAAUCUUCCUCCCAAGUGUUCAUCAAACACAUACAGUAAAGGCUCUUUUUUAGCAGAAUUUGUAAAUGCCUAAUGCGUACAGAUGCAUUCAUAAUACAUUACACACAGGUGUUAAUAUGCAUAAUAAAACAUGCCAUAGGCAUUCAUAAUAGCUCAUCGCUACAAACAGGAGGCUGCUUCUACGGUUGUAAACAUUCCUAUAACAUAUUUAUAACAUUACACAAUAGGGUAGCUAAUUUGCCAUUGCAGUUGUGUUUUAGAUUUCCUUUCAACUAGUGUUUUUUUUGUCUAUUUAUUGAUGUUAUACUCAUGAAUUUCAGUUCCAUGUGGAUGGUUAUUUAAAGUGGCAAUCCGGGAUUGGUACCUUCAUUUUUCGACUUUAAAUGAAUAAAAUAUAGCCAUUGAUUCUUGAAGAAUAUAACUUAUAAAUGCCUCAUGAUCUUACUUCAACCGUCUUACCUGUCUUUUGUUGUUAUUUGAAUCCUGUAUUGCCUCUUUAAUAAAAAUCUUGGAACUAACAAUUUAUCCCCUCCAGGGAUCUUCUGCACGAUCUCCUUAUGCACCUACGCUGCCAGCGUCUCCUACGAUCUCUCCCGGAACCCACCCUUCAUCUAUGGACUGCCCGGCGACGUGGACCAUAGCUACGGCUGGUCCAUCUUCUGCGCCUGGGUAAGCCUGGGACUGACCGUGGCGUCGGGCUGCCUCUGCACCACCUACCCCUUCCUCAGCCGAACAAAGGCCCUGCGCUCCAAAACCGCUCGGGAGUCCUCGGUAUAAGUGUUAUGAUCAGUGUGACAGAAUUGAGUGCCCCCUGUAGCUUCGGAGGUGAAUUGUUGGUGUGGACGUUUUGUUGCUGACUGAAGACCAAUAUAAGAGGAGACGUUUUAUUUUUAUGAAACCAGAGAUGAAAACAUAGUGUUUCAGUGAGAUGUGGGAAUCUUGUUGGUCUUUUUUGUAGACUCUCACCAUCCUUUAUCGAGGUGUUAUGCAAAGUGCAGGUAUUAUGAUGUAUUAUUUAUGUUUGUAUGUGCACACAGGUAAACUCACACAUACAUAUGGACCUACACACGUGUAGACAAACACACACACAGUCUCUCUCUGUCUCUCUCUCU